UGUGAUCCUGGUUUCUAUGGAAGUGAAUGCAAGUCAAACUGUUCACCAAAUUGUUAUCAAACUGGUUCUAUCUGUAACAGCACUGAAGGGAAUUGCUUGGGUUGUAAGCCUGGUUUCUAUGGCUUCAAUUGUACCAUGCCUUGUUCAUCAAACUGUAAGGAUUCAGUUUGUGACAGUAUCUUGUAAAUCUGAACACUAUGGAAACAUGUGUACCAACGUGUGUUCCAACAAUUGUAAAGACUCUAUUUGUGAAAUUAACUCUGGGAACUGUACCAAUUGCAACUCUGGUAUCUAUGGUGCUAAUUGUACGACACCUUGUCCCACCAACUGUAAAGAUGCAAUCUGUGAUAUCAACUAUGGCAUUUGUAUAAGUUGUAUGCCUGGCUUCCAAGGUGAUACGUGUGAUGAAGGUUAGUAAAACAAUGCAUUGAAUAUAUCAAAACAUAUAGUUGUGCAUCUUUCUUUCCUAACAACGAUGUAAGUUAGUCACAUCGCAGAAAACCACGUAAACCCUAUUAGAGGGCGUCUUUGCAACAACUGGCGUGGGAAAAGGGGGGAAAUGGGGACGUAAAAUAUAUCCACACCAGAAAGUUCGUUACUUAACAUGGAUUUCCUCGAAACAGAAUAUAUUGUAACCUCUUUGUAAAAUUGAUGUAUUUUCAUGACUAAACAGGAAUAUUUUUUUUUUUAAAUCUGGAUAGUAUACUUGAUUGAGAAUAUUAUUUUUAUCUCGACAGAAUGCAGUAACUCCAACUAUGGUGAAAAUUGUAAAGCCAGUUGUAGUUAUAACUGUGACACAAAUUCAGCGGGAGCUCGAAUUUGUGACAGUGAAUAUGGUCGAUGUUUAAAUGGAUGCCGAAGUGGAUUCGUGGGACUUGAUUGUGUUACAGGUGAGUUACUUUGA